UCAUUCUGCUCAUCACCAAAGAAUUUCGCCACGUCCUAGACCCAUUUCAUCAGCACCUCACGCUCGUGAAGAUUUGCGGCGCCAAAUUGAACGGAAUCGUCUUUCAAGACAUAGUGCGGAGGAAAUUGAAACUCUUCGUAAGCGCUUGACUGAAAUUGAGACACGACAGAAGUCGCAGGAAGACUCUCCCCGACAAGUCACGACGUUGGGAAAUGUCAUUAUCGAGGCGGAUUCCCCUUUAGCUCCGGAACUUACCGUAGAGGCACUUCCAGCUAAGGUAAAAAUUCCACAAAUUGGCAUGUAUGAUGGGACAUCUGAUCCGGAUGCCCACUUGGGCCAUUAUACAUCCUGGAUGGAUUUGCAUGGUGCUUCAGAUGCUUUGAGAUGUCGGAUGUUUUCGCUUACACUGGGGCCACGAGCGCAAAAAUGGUACUAUACUCUCCCACCUCAUUCAAUUUGGAAAUGGCAACAGUUACGCGCAGCCUUCCGAUCGCACUUUAUCGGUGCUCAAAUUUGUCUCAUUCCGAAAGAAUCAAUUACCAACAUUGUGCAAAAGGACGACGAGACUGUUAAAGACUACGUGUCUCGGUUCAACGACCGAAUUCAGAACAUGGAGCCUUGUCACCCUGAAACCUUGUUAGUAACUGCCAUUGCUGGACUGAAGCCCAACUCAAUGUUUCGUUGGACCUUGUGUCAAAAUAAACCUGCUACGUUUCAAGAAUUUCUUGUGCGAGCUCAACAAUUCAUUAUUGCCGAAGAAUCGAUGUCGGUUCCCAGUUUCGACUUCUCGGUGAAAGAAAGCAAGACUGAACUGGACGCCAAAAAGAAGAGUAAGAAGAACUUUGGGAAAGCACAGUUUCGGAACUCCUCCAAAGGAUAUGAAAAUACUCCAGAGUCUCGGGCUGCUC